GGAGAAGGAGAACAGCGGAGAAAAGAGCCCCGGGCCGACCUUCCGGGCCGGCGGGCCCGCGGGAAGGACCGGGCGCGGCGACGUGGCUGACCUACAAAGCCCCCGGCCCGGCGGCCAGGCCCAGGCGCGCGCGGAGCUGGGCGGGCCGGGGGUGUCGGAUGUCACCCCCAGCGCACACCUCGGCCGGGGGGCGGGGGAGCGAACCACUGAGAUGCGAAGACCUCCCCGGUCCUAGAGCGGAGCAGGAAGUGUCCCAGGGGAGGGAGCCGGAGGGCUCCGGCCUUUCCUUUCCUCGGCGUCCGGCGGGCUCCGGCAGCGGCCAGGCCUGCGCCGCCCGCCAACAGGGACGAGCCGCGGCGGCGCCUCCAUUUGCCCCCGAGCCGAGCCGUGGCUUUCCGGAUGAUCGGGAGACGCGGUGUGGACGGGCCGGGAAAGGAGCCGGGCGCCUGCGGAGACGCCGCCUCAGCGAGUACGCCCGGCCGGGCGGGCUGGGAGGAUGAGGACUGCUGCCCUGGACUUCCGCCGCCACGGGAGGGCUUUCGGCCGGACGCCGGGAGGGAGCUCCAGGCUGUGAGGCAUCUCCUCCGAGCCUCCGACGCGCCAGGUGCCGCCGUGACAAAGACGGACGCGGCCGUCUGGUUGGAGACGAUCCGAGUGGCAGCCCGGGUGGGCGCCGGUGCUCCGGGGGGGCGGACCUGAGUAGUCCUGGGCGCUGCAGCUUUUCUGGCAUCACUUGUCUUCCUGUGAAAUGGGAGUGAGGCCCGAGUCCCCCUUGUGAGCUGUUGGAGGUUAAGACGCGGCCACGCUGGACAACCUCCUGCAGAUGGAGGAGUGGCAGGCACUGCCGGUCCUAAGGAUCACAGAGGCCUGAUGGCAGAGAAGGGCACUCUCUAUUUUUAAAGGUCUUAAGAACAACAACAGUGACUUCGGCUCCAGAACUUCAAUAUAGUGGCCUGCUUGGCCUGCCCAUCUCGGGUCUCUCCAGGAGGACCCAGCCACUUAAGGGUCGUCUUCUGCUGCUGACCCCCAUCAAAUCCCAUCAUGCCCACAGCCCUGUGCCCCCGAGUCUUGGCUCCGAAGGAGAGUGAGGAGCCCAGGAAAAUGAGGAGUCCACCUGGAGAGAACCCUAGCCCCCAGGGGGAGCUUCCCAGUCCCGAGUCCUCUCGGCGCCUCUUCCGCCGUUUCCGCUACCAGGAGGCGGCAGGCCCCCGGGAGGCCCUGCAACGCCUCUGGGACCUGUGCCGGGGCUGGCUGCGGCCUGAGAGGCACACCAAGGAGCAGAUUCUGGAGCUGCUGGUGCUGGAGCAGUUCCUGGCCAUCCUGCCCCGGGAGAUCCAGAGCUGGGUGCGGGCGCAGGAGCCUGAGAGCGGAGAGCAGGCUGUGGCCGCGGUGGAGGCACUGGAACGGGAGCCCGGGAGACCCUGGCAGUGGCUCAAGCACUGUGAAGACCCUGUGGUGAUUGAGGAUGGGGACAGCCCUCUGGACCAGGAGCAGGAGCAGCUGCCAGUAGAGCCCCACGGCGACCUUGCAAAGAGCCAAGAUGCCCAGCCCAUAGCCCUGGCACAGUGCCUGGGGCUCCCAAGCAGAGCACCAAGCCAGCUCAGCGGGGAUCCAGUUCUGCAAGAUGCUUUCCUUCUUCAGGAAGAGAAUGUGCGGGACACACAGCAGGUGACCACCCUCCAGCUACCCCCGAAUCGGGUUUCUCCAUUCAAGGACAUGAUUUUAUGCUUCUCUGAAGAGGAUUGGUCCCUUCUAGAUCCUGCCCAGACUGGCUUCUAUGGAGAGUUCAUCAUUGGGGAGGAUUGCGGGGUCUCAAUUCCUCCAAACGAGCUAGCUGCCCAGCCGGAUCUCUCCCAGAGAGAGGAGAAUGAGCCACGCGUUCCAGAGCUGCAGGAUCUCCAGGGGAAAGAAGUGCCCCAGGUCUCCUACUUGGACUCUCCAAGUCUCCAGCCAUUCCAGGUAGAAGAAAGGAGGAAACGUGAGGAGCUGCAGGUGCCAGGGUCCCAGGCCUGCCCGCAGACGGUGGUGCCUCAAAACACCUACCCAGCUGGCGGCAACCCGCGAUCUCUAGAGAACAGCCUGGACGAAGAAGUGACCAUCGAGAUCGUUCUGUCCAGCUCUGGGGAGGAAGACUCCCAGCACGGCGCGUACUGCACAGAGGAGCCGGAGAGCCCCAAAGAGAAGCCGCGCAGCCUCCCCGCCUCCCACCGGGGCAGCGCCGAGGCCGGGGGCGACGUGCAGACCUCCAAGAAGUCCUACGUGUGUCCGAACUGUGGGAAAAUCUUCCGCUGGAGGGUCAACUUCAUCCGACACCUGCGAAGCCGCAGGGAGCAGGAGAAGCCGCACGAGUGCUCAGUGUGCGGGGAGCUGUUCAGUGACAGCGAGGACCUGGAUGGGCACCUGGAGAGCCAUGAGGCCCAGAAGCCUUACCGGUGUGGUGUCUGCGGGAAGAGCUUCCGACUCAACUCCCACCUGCUCUCCCACCGGCGGAUACACCUGCAGCCGGACAGACUCCAGCCGGUGGAGAAGAGAGAGCAGGAGGCGGACGAGGGUCCCAAAGAGCCGCUGGAAAAUGGCAAGGCCAAGCUGAGCUUCCAGUGCUGUGACUGUGGGAAGGCCUUCCAGCGGCACGACCACCUGGCUCGGCACCGCAGCCACUUUCACCUGAAGGACAAAGCCCGGCCCUUCCAGUGCCGGUAUUGCGUCAAGAGCUUCACGCAGAACUAUGACCUCCUCCGCCACGAGCGCCUACACAUGAAGCGCCGUUCCAAGCAGGCUCUGAACUCCUACUGAGCCUGCCCACCUGGGGCGGCCUCACCCUGGCUGGUGCUGCCCCCUCACAUUGGUACUGAUCAGCGCCCCCACCCAGGACGCCCCUUCCCCAGGAUAGAGAGCACACCUCCCUCCUGGCCUUGCUCUCAGGUAGUGAGCGUUCGGGCGGCACCGUGGGAGCACUCUCCCUCCCCCAGGUGUUGAAAGAGUGGCCGAGUGUUCUGUUUCUGCUGUGCCAAAAACGGGGGGAUGUGCCACCACCAGGUUGGACAUGCCAGGUGUUCUGCGUCUUAGAGACCCCUGCCCCAUGCUCCCCAAGCUCAGGGAGUAAAACUGGGUUAUCCCCCGUCGGGGCGGCACCCUGGUCACCAGCCAAACCUCAGUAUACUCCCUUCCUUCCCUGUCUGAACGCUAGGAUCUGCUCCUGAAGCUCCAGGGUGCCUGCACUUCCACUGAGAAGCUGCUGGAGGGUGUUGGACUGGAGGAAGGAAGAAGGCAGGGUGGGACUGACGGGUUCAGUGGAGAGCAGGGUCAGGCACACUGAGCCAGACGUGUCAUGUCUGUGCCCAAGAUGCGUGGCCAUCAGGUAGGCAGGAGCACCCCACAGAUCCAAGAUCAGGCAGCCCUUUUGGGCUUGGAGUCUGUGGCAGGGGUCUGCAGAGCUCCUUCUUGAGGUUUGGAAACAGUCAUCAUACCUUUUGAUUUUCCAGAGGGCCAGUUACUAAGGAUCUGGAGCUCACCAAAAACAAAGCUUACAUUUUAAUUUGUGUUGCACACCCACCCCAUAGUGUCUUUAUACCCCAGAGAUCCUUGGUAAAUGCUUGCGGGUUGGAAGCUGAGUGGUCAUCGUUUAAAAGGCACUUAAGUCCCUUCUUCCAAUCUGUCCUGUCUGGGAAUGUGGAGCUCAGCCCCCAGUGAGGGGUUCUUCUGUCCUGUGAGCCAAGCUCCAGAACAGAACCUUCCCCGACAUCACACUUUACGUAUUAGCUUGGAGUGCUGGUGUGUCCAUUUUCUAGGUCUGUUGUCACGAAGUACCGCACACUGACUGGCUUAGAACAACAGGAGUGUAUUCCCUGACAGUUCUGGGAGCUGCACAUCCAAGAUCAGGAUGUCCUCAGGGUUGGUGCCAUCCGAGGGCUGUGAGGGAGAAGUGGCUUCGUGCCUUUGCUGGCAGUUGCCGUUCCUUGGUGUGUGGAAGCGUCACCCACUCUCUGCCUUCAUCUCCACAUGGCACUCUUGCUGUGGCGUGUCUGUCCCCAAGCCUCCCUUUGUUUAAGGACACCAGUCAUGUCAGAGUAGAGCCCAUCCCACCAACUCCAGUAUAAUGUCAUCUGCGUCCGCAGCAGCUGUUUACCAAUAAGGUCACAUUCUGAGGUACCUCUGGUAAGAGGUUGGGACUUCAACAUUGGAAUUUGAAAGGGACAGCAUUCAGCCCGUGACUCCGGAUAAACGUGAGGUAUGCUAUCAUUCCUAAUUCACAGAUGAGUCAGUACAAACUUGAGUGAGCUUGCUCACAGUUCCAUCAAAGGCAGUGUUCAGAACCAAGUCUUGGCAUUCAGGACAGGUGUCCUCUGCAUGGAAGAAUCUUACUCAGUAGCCUUAAGGCUGACAAAUUCCCCUCCCUCCCUGCCUUCUGAUGGGGGCUGGGCAGGCCAGCUGGAGCUGUGUCUCCUGCUGGGAUUUGGGACUGAGUGACAGUAGGUAGUGAAACCUCAAGCAAUUUAAAACGUGGUAUUGUUCCUGGAAGACUGGUUAUGUUGGCUAGGGUCAGCAAGAGAGGGCAUCAAGGCUGUAGUCUAGCAGUGACUUAUUCUGCAAGUCACACCAGACGGGUGUUUUGUAUUAUUCAUAUGUCAGAUCCUACCAACAGGCAGUGAGCCAGGCAAAGCUCCUGGUGCUCCUUGUCACUCACGUAAUUUUCACAUCAAGAAAACUCUGGGCCAGGCGCAGUGGCUCACACCUGUAAUCCCAACACUUUGGGAAGCCAAGGUGGGUGGAUCGCCUAGCUCAGUGACACCAGCCUGGGCCACAUGGCAAAACCCCAUCUCUACCAAAAAUACAAAAAAUUAGCUGAGUGUGAUGGUGCACGUUUGCAGCCCCAGCUACUCUGGAGGCUGAGGUGGGAGGAUUGCUUGAGUCUGGGAGGCAGAAGUUGCAGUAAGCCAAGAUUGCGCCACUGCACAAGCUGGAUGACAGAAUGAGACCCUGUCUCAAAAAUAAUUUAAAAGCCUCUGCCCCAAACUCGUUAAAAGAUUUUAUAACCACAACUACUGUUUCUGUGUAGAUGCAUCUGCGUGCCCAGGAGCAGUAAAUGCAAUAAAAUCAUUUGGUUAUACUUUGAACACAAACGGUUGAGGCUUUUGCUUUCUAAA